UCAUCAUCGAUUUGAAUGAAGAAGAUGAAGAUUUCAUCAAUAAUAAUGAUAUUUGGAAAUAUAUAAAUGUCUACCCAGAACAAGCAAAGGAUACUCAAAGUAAUGAUGAAUCAAUCAUCACUAUUACUAUGGCCGAAUUAAAAGAAGAAAGAAGAAGAAUUCAGUCAAAAAGAAUGAUAGAUUUGGGCUGGAAAACUGUAACUCCAAUCUGCUGA